AUGAGGCAGAAAAGCGACCAGCUUCGGUCGUCCAAGCUAAUCACUUACCUUCUCCUGAUCGUCAUCCUCUUUCUCGGCCUACUCUGUUUAUACUACGGCUCUUCCUUCGCGCCCGGAUCGGACCCAGAAUCCCUCCGCCGCGACGGCUCUGACCCGGUCCUCGGUUCACUGCCCGGUCCCCAGCACUUCGACGAUGACUCCCUCCAGAAUCUGGAACUACCCAGAACCAUUCCGAUCUGUGAUAUGAAGUACUCCGAGCUGAUACCUUGCUUGGAUAGAGAGCUAAUUUACCAGCUGAGGUUGAAGCUGAACUUGUCGUUGAUGGAGCACUACGAGCGGCACUGUCCGCCGCCGCAGCGGCGGCUCAAUUGUCUGAUUCCGCCGCCGGCUGCUUAUAAGAUUCCGAUAAGAUGGCCGGAGAGUAGAGAUGAAGUGUGGAAGGCUAAUAUCCCACAUACCCACUUGGCGAGCGAAAAGUCUGAUCAGAAUUGGAUGGUUGUUAAGGGGGAUAAGAUCAAUUUCCCUGGCGGAGGAACCCAUUUCCAUUAUGGUGCUGACAAGUACAUUGUCUCUCUCGCUAGGAUGCUUAAGUUUCCAAACGACAAGCUUCACAAUGGUGGGAACCUCAGGAAUGUCCUAGACGUGGGCUGUGGAGUGGCAAGCUUCGGUGCCUAUCUUCUUCAGCACAGCACCAUAGCCAUGUCCCUGGCACCAAAUGAUGUUCACGAGAACCAGAUACAGUUUGCAUUGGAGAGAGGGAUUCCAUCGACCCUUGGUGUCUUGGGGACCAAGAGGCUUCCGUAUCCGAGCAGAUCGUUCGAGUUGGCUCAUUGUUCAAGGUGCAGGAUUGAUUGGCUGCAGAGGGAUGGAAUCCUGCUGUUGGAGCUCGAUAGGGUGCUGAGACCAGGAGGCUAUUUCGUUUACUCGUCCCCUGAGGCGUAUGCUAAGGAUCCGGAGAACCAAAGGAUAGGGAAUGCUAUGCAUGAUCUUCUGAAAAGAAUGUGCUGGAGGGUUGCUUCCAAGAAAGACCAAACGGUGAUCUGGCAGAAACCAACCAGCAAUGGUUGUUACUUGAAGAGAGAGCCUGGGACUCAGCCGCCUUUGUGUAGCUCUGAGGAUGAUGCAGAUGGUGUGUGGAAUGUUCAGAUGAAGGCCUGUAUUUCUCAAUACUCUGCACAGAUGCACAGGGAGAAAGGGACUGGACUCGUACCAUGGCCGCAGAGGCUAAUCACACCGCCUCCUCGUUUGGAAGACAUUGGUGUUAGUCCCGAAGAGUUCCAUGAAGACACUCGUAUAUGGAAAUUUAGGGUGAAUGAGUACUGGAAGCAGAUGAAAUCCGUUGUGAGGAAGAGCUACUUCAGGAAUGUCAUGGAUAUGAAUGCAAAUCUCGGAGGUUUUGCUGCUGCCCUUAAAGAUACAGAUGUCUGGGUGAUGAAUGUUGCUCCAGUCACCAUCUCAACCCGGCUUAAGAUCAUCUAUGAUCGUGGCUUGAUUGGAACGGUUCAUGACUGGUGUGAAUCAUUCUCUACAUAUCCGAGAACAUACGAUCUCCUCCAUGCCUGGGCAGUAUUCUCGGAGCUCGAGGAGCGAGGCUGCAGUACCGAAGACCUGCUCGUGGAAAUGGAUAGGAUCCUGAGGCCCGAAGCAUUCGUCAUCAUACGAGACAAACCAUCGAUCAUUAGCUACAUCCAGAAGUCGUUACCGGCAUUGAAGUGGGAUCGGUGGGUGUCGGAAGUUGAACCGAGCACUGAUGCUCUCUCGGUGAGUGAAGAGCGAGUCCUGAUUGCCAGGAAGAAGCUAUGGAGCAAUUAG